UAAAAAAGGGAGAAAACUCUACAUUAAGAAAAAAAGCGAACAACAAUAACAACAGCGAACUUGAGAGCUGUGUUGUUGACAAUUAAAAAAUAUGCCAAAUAAUAUUUGAGCAGAUAAAACUCCACAAAUUAUAAAAUGGAUCAAGAAGUUUUAACAGAAGUACCCCAGACCAUGAAGAGGCUGGUUCGACUUGUGGCAAGAGGAUUUUAUUCCAUUGAACAUGCUAUUGUAAUAGACCUGUUGGUACGCAAUCCAUGCAUGAAGGAGGAUGAUAUGUUAGAAUUGUUAAAGUUUGACCGCAAACAACUUCGAGCUAUCACAAACACAUUAAAAAAUGACAAAUUUAUCAAAGUAAAGAUGCGAGUGGAGACUGACAGUGAAGGGAAAACCACAAAACAUAAUUAUUACUUUAUAAGUUACAUAAUGUUCGUAAAUGUUGUGAAAUACAAAUUGGAUCAUGUUUGCCGGAAAAUUGAAACAGAUGAAAGAGACAACACAAGUCGAGCCUCUUUUCGAUGUGAAGACUGUCAGAAGACUUUCACUGACUUGGAAGCAGAUCAGUUGUUUGACUUCAUGACGCAAACUUUCAGGUGCACAAUGUGUCAGAAUGAAGUGAAGGAGGAUGAGAGUGCAGUGAAUGCCAAGGAUGCGCGUACGCUGCUGGCCAAGUUCAAUGAGCAGAUUCAGGUGCUGUAUAAGCUGCUCAAAGACUGUGAGGACGUGAAGCUCGCGCCGGAACUCUUGGAGCCAGAACCUACUGAUAUACGAUCUGCCAACAGAAAUCGAAGCAACAAGCCAGCUCAAGAUGGAGACAAGUGGAGUGGGGAUGCUACAAAGAACAAGACGUCGUUCAACUACACAGAGAGCUCCAUCAGUAUCUCUCUCAAUGAGGAACAGAAGCAGACUAAGGAGGCCCCCAAACAGCAGCCCAUUUGGAUCACACAGAGUACUGUGGAGGGGGUGCCAACUUUCGACGAGAACGCGAUGUCUGGUGCUGCCCCAGAGACAUCCAGCAAGGAGUCGGUCCUCAAGCCCGAGGUGAACCGUGAGAUUGAGACACUGCUGAUGAUCCAUGAGAAGAAGUCCUCUGUGAGCAUCCCCAUUGUGCCAGGGGGCGGAGAAACAGCCGAGGAGAGUGAUAGUGAUGACAGUGAUAGUGAGGCCCUGCCCCCCACCAACACAAAGGUGGAAGAUAUGGAGGUGGGGAGUGAGGAGGAGGAGGAGGAGGUAGUCAUGGUGACAGUGGGUGGAGUCAAGGUGGCCAUAUCUGAUGUGUCAGACGACAUGGUGGCCAGGAUGUCGCUAGAGGAGAAGGCAGAGUUUAUACGACUGGGACAGGAGAUGUACAGCCAUAUGUAUGACUGAGCAUGUAUGAAAAUAGAAGACUGCUGUGGUAAUCUGGAUGUUCAUAUCCAAUGGGAUGUCAUUGGGGCCACGCAAUCAGUUUAAGGAAGAUGUGCACCCAUUUACAACCAUACAGUGUGUAUGACAUGUAUAUGACAUUUUGAUAUUUAUUUAAAUAUACAGUAUUUAAUGCUGUGAGAUUGAUUGCAUAUUUGAUUUUAAUUAAACAUAAAAAUGUGAA